UACUUGUAAUUUAACCUUCAGUUGAAAUUUUCAUGUUUGUUGCGAGAUUAGCCUUUACAUCAGCUGUUGAAAGAUAAGAAAAUCUUUAAUGGGAUGGAAUAAAGUUUCUCCUCGUUAUAGUCCAGAAAGGAUAACACCGGUUGCCAUUAACACGUUAUAGUUUAUUUAUGAUAUUAAUUGUAAUAUUGAAUAGAAAAGAAAGAUAUUAAUGAUGCCGCAGGGUAGAAAAAAGAUUGCGUUUAGUGGGAAAGCCAAGAAACAACAAAUGCAAAAUAAAAAUCAACGAAAAACCAAUAUUUUUUUAACUGGUAAAAAUCAAGAGUUUAAUGAGCUUGAGCGCGAUAUUAAAAAAAUCAAUAAACAACCGAAAGACAAUGCUGGAAAAAAUAAGUAUGCGUUACAAUUUUUUGAAGAAACUAAAGAAGAAUUACAAAAAAGAAGGGAAGAGGCAAGAAAUGUGAUUGAAGCGUGCGAUAUUGAGGAUCAGGAAGUCUCGGAUGAUUAUUUUCCAGAUUAUAUAGAUAUGCCAAAAAGGCCAACGUGGGAUUUCGCUAUGAAUAAAGAAGAGCUGGAUAUGCGAGAACACAAAUAUUUUUUGGAAUAUUUAAAGAAACUUGAAACUAUUCGUAAAAUCAGCUAUUUCGAGCUUAAUCUUGAAACUUGGAGACAAUUAUGGAGAGUAAUUGAAAUGUCAGAUAUAUUAUUAAUCAUUGCUGAUAUAAGAUAUCCAGUUAUGAUGUUUCCACCGUAUUUAUAUAAUUAUGUGACCAAUGAUUUGGGCAAGGAUAUGAUACUAAUUUUGAAUAAAGUGGAUCUGGCCCCGUCUGCAUUGAUUGUCGCAUGGCAAGAAUAUUUUAAAAAUAAAUAUCCAAAACUUCAUAUUUUAGUAUUUACAUCUUUUCCGACCUAUAAUUUAAAGGAAAAUAUUAAUCAAGAAGCAAAUGUGAAAAUAAGAAGAAAAGGUAAAUUAAAAAUGGCUGCAGAAGGAGCCCAAAAAAUUAUGGAAACAUGCAAAAACAUUGUAGGAGAUCAAGUUGAUUUAAGUAGGUGGGCUAAGAAAAUUCAGGAAGAAAUGCAGUCAGAGUGCGAUAUGAAUGAUUUGGAAAGGAACGAUAAUGUUGUAAUAGAGAAGAAAGAUACCGGAUACUUUGAACACGAAAAGUACAAAAAUGGAGUAUUGACGAUUGGGUGCGUUGGUACUCCAAAUGUUGGAAAAUCUUCAUUGAUUAAUGCAUUAAUGGGUAAAAAGGUUGUAAGUGUCUCACGUACUCCAGGCCAUACAAAGCAUUUUCAAACAAUAUUUCUCACCAAGAACGUCUGCUUAUGCGACUGUCCUGGUUUAGUUUUUCCGUCAACUGUACCUAAAGAGUUUCAGAUAUUAAUGGGAUCGUUUCCCAUUGCGCAAGUUCGAGAUCCGUACACAACUAUUAAAUUUUUAGCAGAAAGAAUAGAUUUUCCUAAACUGUUGAAGCUUCAACAUCCAGACAACGAUGACAGUUGGUCAGCAUUGGAUAUUUGUGACGGUUGGGCUGCUAAAAGAGGUUAUCGCACUGCUAAAGCAGCUAGAUUAGAUACAUACAGAGCCGCAAAUUCAUUACUUAGGAUGGCUCUAGAAGGAAAGAUUUGUCUCUAUGCCUAUCCACCAAAAUGGUCGAUCGAACAAGAAAUUUGGGAAAACCAUUCUAGUAUAAAGGUUGUGAAAUGGAUUCAAGCAAGAAAUCAAGCUGAAGAAAGCUUCUCAGAUAUGUCUAAUUCAUCCUCGGAUGCUGAAGAAGAUGAUAUAGCAAAGGCUAGCGAAGAUAAUAGCAAUUCUGAGAAUGACAGUUCUAACGAAUCAGAUGAAACGUCAAAAAGCGAAGAGACAUAUGUAGCAUCGAAUAAAUUCGAAAUUUUAACAGACGAUGUAUAAUUGUAAAUUUUGGAAAUGAAUAUAAUAUAUUAUUUUUAUGAAACGCUUAUUAUGAUUACGGAUUGUACAAUCAUUAAUUAUAGAAUGAACUAAUUAAUAGUAAUAAAUAAAUAGAUGUAUUAAGGAUUAGGGAAACAAAUGCAGUUUAGGAAUAGAAAUCAUGAUUUAAUGGGAAAUAUUAGAAUUAAAAAAGAAAC